AAAGACUGUUCACUUGGGGUCACGUCCGACUAUGUAUGUGUUUACCCCCCCGCACUCCUGUACCCUGUCCCUGGGUCAGAACCCUGCUGCCUCCUGGCCUGUACCCUGUCCCUGGGUCAGAACCCUGCUGCCUCCUGGCCUGUACCCUGUCCCUGGGUCAGAACCCUGCUGCCUCCUGGCCUGUAGCCUGUCCCUGGGUCAGAACCCUGCUGCCUCCUGGCCUGUACCCUGUCCCUGGGUCAGAACUCUGCUGCCUCCUGGCCUGUACCCUGUCCCUGGGUCAGAACCCUGCUGCCUCCUGGCCUGUACCCUGUCCCUGGGUCAGAACCCUGCUGCCUCCUGGCCUGUACCCUGUCCCUGGGUCAGAACUCUGCUGCCUCCUGGCCUGUACCCUGUCCCUGGGUCAGAACCCUGCUGCCUCCUGGCCUGUACCCUGUCCCUGGGUCAGAACCCUGCUGCCUCCUGGCCUGUAGCCUGUCCCUGGGUCAGAACCCUGCUGCCUCCUGGCCUGUACCCUGUCCCUGGGUCAGAACCCUGCUGCCUCCUGGCCUGUACCCUGUCCCUGGGUCAGAACUCUGCUGCCUCCUGUCCCUGGGUCAGAACUCUACUGCCUCCUGGCCUGUACCCUGUCCCUGGGUCAGAACUCUGCUGCCUCCUGGUCUGGGUCAGAACUCUGCUGCCUCCUGGCCUGUACCCUGUCCCUGGGUCAGAACUCUGCUGCCUCCUGGUCUGGGUACUCUGCUGCCUCCUGGCCUGUACCCUGUCCCUGGGUCAGAACUCUGCUGCCUCCUGGUCUGGGUCAGAACUCUGCUGCCUCCUGGCCUGUACCCUGUCCCUGGGUCAGAACUCUGCUGCCUCCUGGUCUGGGUCAGAACUCUGCUGCCUCCUGGUCUGGGUCAGAACUCUGCUGCCUCCUGGCCUGUACCCUGUCCCUGGGUCAGAACUCUGCUGCCUCCUGGUCUGGGUCAGAACUCUGCUGCCUCCUGGCCUGGUCCCUGGGUCAGAACUCUGCUGCCUCCUGGUCUGGGUCAGAACUCUGCUGCCUCCUGGCCUGUACCCUGUCCCUGGGUCAGAACUCUGCUGCCUCCUGGUCUGGGUCAGAACUCUGCUGCCUCCUGGCCUGGUCCCUGGGUCAGAACUCUGCUGCCUCCUGGUCUGGGUCAGAACUCUGCUGCCUCCUGGCCUGUACCCUGUCCCUGGGUCAGAACUCUGCUGCCUCCUGGUCUGGGUCAGAACUCUGCUGCCUCCUGGUCUGGGUCAGAACUCUGCUGCCUCCUGGCCUGUACCCUGUCCCUGGGUCAGAACUACAAAUCCCAGUUGUGUAUGCAUUCCCUCAGAUUUCUCCUGCUGUGAAUCUAGUUAAUGGUCAGGUCCAGGGCCUAUGGAAGGUACGGCCAUUAUGGUUCACUCUCUGCAUUGUGGGAAACCAACUAAACUAACCCGGUGACUGGUUGCUAUGUCCAAAGCAACAGAACUAACCCGGUGACGGGUUGCUAUGUCCAAAGCAACAGAACUAACCCGGUGACUGGUUGCUAUGUCCAAAGCAACAGAACUAACCCGGUGACUGGUUGCUAUGUCCAAAGCAACAGAACUAACCCGGUGACGGGUUGCUAUGUCCAAAGCAACAGAACUAACCCGGUGACUGGUUGCUAUGUCCAAACCAACAGAACUAACCCGGUGACAGGUUGAUAUGUCCAAACCAACAGAACUAACCCUGUGACUGGUUGCUAUGUCCAAAGCAACAGAACUAACCCGGUGACUGGUUGAUAUGUUCAAAGCAACAGAACUAACCCGGUGACUGGUUGCUAUGUCCAAAGCAACAGAACUAACCCUGUGACUGGUUGCUAUGUCCAAACCAACAGAACUAACCCGGUGACUGGUUGCUAUGUCCAAACCAACAGAACUAACCUGGUCACAGGUUGCUAUGUCCAAACCAACAGAACUAACCCGGUGACAGGUUGCUAUGUCCAAACCAACAGAACUAACCCUGUGACUGGUUGAUAUGUCCAAACCAACAGAACUAACCCGGUGACAGGUUGCUAUGUCCAAACCAACAGAACUAACCCGGUGACAGGUUGAUAUGUCCAAACCAACAGAACUAACCCUGUGACUGGUUGAUAUGUCCAAACCAACAGAACUAACCCUGUGACAGGUUGCUAUGUCCAAACCAACAGAACUAACCCGGUGACAGGUUGCUAUGUCCAAACCAACAGAACUAACCCGGUGACAGGUUGCUAUGUCCAAACCAACAGAACUAACCCGGUGACUGGUUGCUAUGUCCAAACCAACAGAACUAACCCUGUGACUGGUUGCUAUGUCCAAACCAACAGAACUAACCCUGUGACAGGUUGCUAUGUCCAAACCAACAGAACUAACCCGGUGACAGGUUGCUAUGUCCAAACCAACAGAACUAACCCUGUGACUGGUUGCUAUGUCCAAAGCAACAGAACUAACCCUGUGACUGGUUGCUAUGUCCAAACCAACAGAACUAACCCGGUGACAGGUUGCUAUGUCCAAACCAACAGAACUAACCCGGUGACAGGUUGAUAUGUCCAAACCAACAGAACUAACCCUGUGACUGGUUGAUAUGUCCAAACCAACAGAACUAACCCGGUGACUGGUUGCUAUGUCCAAAGCAACAGAACUAACCCGGUGACAGGUUGCUAUGUCCAAACCAACAGAACUAACCCAGUGACUGGUUGCUAUGUCCAAACCAACAGAACUAACCCGGUGACAGGUUGCUAUGUCCAAACCAACAGAACUAACCCGGUGACAGGUUGCUAUGUUCAAACCAACAGAACUAGCUGGGCAUCCAUUCUCUCUGUAGUCCGUGGGUGUUGUUGGGUACAGAGUCUUCCAUGAUGGCAGACAGUCUUCUGUAGUCUGGCUACCGGUCUGGUUAGAUAACAUUCCACUCCCAUGUCGUUGUUUCCUAAUGGAAAGCUAGAUAAACAGGCUGGUACCCAGACUAUAUUUUCUACAUCUGUAUUUCUGAACCAAGUCAUAUGUGUUGCUGAGAUAUCUUUGUAUAUCUCCACACCACAACCUAUUUAAAAACCAUAAUGCCAAUUGCUACAAAUGUAUAUUUUCUAUCUUUGUGGGUUUAAAACAAAAAAUGUUUGAUGGUCCUCAACAUUGAGUGUGUUUUAUAUCUUCAGACUAGCGUCUUGUCCUACAGAAUAGUCUG